UCAGGCAUGCCACACUGAAUCAUGCCAGGUACGAUCUUUCUCGAACCCACUGCAAUCCCAAUCGUCGAUUUUGCAGGCUUCGGAGAAGGAGCUUCCCCAGAAGCCAUAGAGAUAGGAAAGCAGUUGGUGAAAGCAUGUCAAGAAGUUGGAUUUGCAUACUUUCGCAACACUGGUAUCCCUCAGGCAGAGGUGGAUAGCAUGUUUGAAAUGAGCAGCAGGCUAUUCUCGCUUCCAGUUGAAACGAAGCUAUUGGCUCCACACCCUAAGGAGGGAUGGAAACAUCGGGGAUAUAGCGGGGUUGGCAGGGAGCAAGUUUCACAAAUGGUAUUCGACCCAGCGCAGCUCGCCGGGAUACGCAAACAAACUCCCGAUUUCAAAGAAUCCUUUGACAUCGGGCGCGAUGAUUCCCCGCGCAUCUCCAAUGUGUGGCUUCCAGAACAAGUCCUUCCGGGCUUCAGAGACGCAGCGUCUACGUUCUUUGAUACAUGCCGUCGCUUUGAGAUGGAGAAGUUGUUACCUGCAUUAUCUUUAGGGCUUGAGCUCCCUGGCGGAGCCGAAUUCCUGGGGAAAUAUCACCAAGAGGCAGAUAAUCAACUGCGAUUGCUGCACUAUCCAGCUGCGCCUGCAGAGGUAUUCGCGAGCGGCGAGAAAGGGAGAAUCGGUGCGCACACGGAUUAUGCAACGGGCACCAUUCUGUUCCAAGAUGAUGUUGGGGGUCUCGAGGUUGAGAGCCCUCGUGGCUCAGGAAAUUUCGUUGCUGCUCCACCCAUUCCGGGAACGAUCGUCUUCAAUAUUGGAGAUUUCUUGAUGCGGUGGUCAAACGACACGCUUAAAUCAACAAUGCACCGCGUCCGUGCGCCCCCGAACGAUGGGAAGUCAGGAAUGAUCAAGGAGCGCUUCUCAAUCCCAUAUUUCAUGUCUGCUGACAGAGAUAUUUUGAUUGACUGCCUUCCUGGCUGUUGGGAUGAAGAAAACCCGAAGAAGUACGAGCCUGUGACAGCAGGGGUGUAUAUUGACAUGCGACUCGAUGCUACGUAUUGAUGAUUUAGCAACAUCAAAUAAUUCUGCCUGAACGUUGAAUAAUGGUGAAGGUCUGCCUGGAUCUUUUACUGCUUAUUCCGAUUUCACACAACCAUGUCCGGAUCUUCUGGUUGUUCGUGGUCAUCUCAGAUCUAAGUUGCUGUUAAAGACUAGUCCAAUGAUCUGAUUUACUCUGCCAUGUUGAUAUCUUCGGAAUAGCAUUUGGAUAUCAUCGACCAAUAGCACGGG